UAAAAUCUGAGAGCCUACUUUUGCUACUUUUAGGUAUAUUUUUAUUCAGAAACCAGUUUAGUUAGGAAGAAAGGGCUAGACAUACGACACAUCUGUACUAGUGUUUUAUUAAAGAUAAGGAAGAUGAGGAUUUCAAUUAAAGGAGGUGUUUGGACAAACACAGAGGAUGAGAUCCUCAAGUCUGCUGUGAUGAAAUACGGGAAGAACGAGUGGAGUCGUACGUCUUCCUUACUUGUGCGCAAAUCCGCUAAACAGUGUAAAGCUCGUUGGUACGAGUGGCUCGAUCCUUCCAUUGAAAUGAGUGAGUGGACCAGAGAAGAAGAUGAGAAGCUGCUUCAUCUUGCUAAGCUCCUUCCGAGUCAAUGGAAAACAGUCGCUCCCAUGGUUGGCCGCACUUCGUGUGAAUGCAUCGACCGUUACGAAAAGCUUCUGGACACAGCUUGUGUAAGGGAUGACGAUCCAAGGAAAUUACGACCCGGAGAGAUCGACCCAAACCCGGAAGCAAAGCCUGCUCGACCCGAUCCAGUUGACAUGGAUGACGAUGAAAAGGAAAUGCUUUCAGAAGCACGGGCUCGGUUAUUAAAUACAAGGGGUAAAAAGGCAAAAAGGAAGGCCAGGGAGAAGCAGCUUGAAGAAACCAGUCGCCUUGCUUCUUUACACAUCGCAAAAAUGGGUCUUCCAGCUUUGAGGGAUCAAUUUUCACAAGGAACUGCUUUUAAUUGGUAUCAGAGACGUGUGAAGAAGAAAACCUAUGGCAGUUUCUAAAAAAGAAAGAGGAACCUGCAACAGAAAGUGCAAAAAGAAGAAGAUCUUGUUUCCUGUUUCUGCUGUGUUUUUCUGCUACACUGUUGUGUGUUCUGCUGUGUUCUUCUGUAUAUCACAACUUGUGACAGCAACUGUUUCUGAAAAGGUUGUUCUCUUGUUGGAA